AACGAGACCUGCACACACGACCCAUUCCCUACGGCCUUAUAGAGAUGCCUCCAAAAGCAGCUACAGCACAGCCAACAACGCUUCAGCAGAGAGUUGUUACCCUUGUUCAGCACCCGCAGUUUAUCUGGUUCGCUGGCCACUGUCUUCACCUCGCUUGCUCUUUACGUUAUCUUCUUGCCUUUGUCACAUUCAGUGCCAGCAAGCAUGGAUUAGCAUUCAAGGCGUCGUUUGUGGGUGCUCUCUUGACCUAUGGUAUCGUCACGUACAAGACGUUCUCAAACCCAAAGACGCGUGGGCCCAUUGAUUUGCAGUUGGCUCUGAAGCUCUGGACGGAUGAGAAUGUACAGUACUUUCUCCUGGCUGCCUACUGGCUCUUCAUCAGCAAGCCGAUUGUUGUGGCUCUAUUGCCUUACACAAUCUUCUCAGUGUUCCACUUCCUCACGUAUCUGCGCGCUUCAGUUGUCCCGGCAUUCGAUGAGACUGCACUACAAGAGAAUGCACAGACGACGAGUGCCCGCUUUUGUCGAAUCACCAAUUCGUGGAUCAAGCAGAACUACGAGCGCGCUAUGGCCCUUGCUGCACGUAUUGAACUGCUUGUUGUUGGUGGUCGCGUCUUGCUUGGUGUCUUGACGUGGCAAUUGCCCUUCCACACACUCGCUAUGGUUGGUGCAUUCUUGCGCUACCGCUACAGUACGUCUGCCUUUACACGCACACAAUUUUCACAGCUUGCACUGACGCUGGAUCAUGCGGUGGCUGAUCCGCGUGUACCUGCACCAGUCAAGCAAGGUUGGCAGACAAUCAGGGGUCUUGUUUCGCAGUACUUGGGCCGUAUGCCUGCCUCGGUGCCUCAAAAUGCAGGUGCCGCUAGCCAGGAACGCAAGACACAGUAGAAAGGCCUGUAGAAUGGGCUGCAGUGUAUGCUCCAUGCCCUUCUACUCUCUCACACCUUGUCUAACUCCUUCCGAUGCUUCAUAUCAAAUCUCUCAAUAGUCCAUAUCACGUGUCCCUGUCCACAAAUUUGUCGC